GGGAUUGGUGAUGGGAUGAUAGGGAGGCCUGAGGCGCUUCUUCUCUAUCUAUGGCGGUCACUCUCUUACCCUUCUCUCUCACCGGCUACCUAACUUCUUCCUUUCACACUCCCAGUCUUUGACCGAGAGCCACCGAGUCGAACCGGGUUGACUCUCUCUCUCUUUCUCUCAAUCGGUAUUGGUUUUGUAGACGGAAAGUUUAGAGCUUGAAGGUGGAAGAUAAGGCUGCGUUAGAGGAAGAUGAUGAAUGGGAAUAAGAAUGGAGGCGGAGGGGGCGGAGGGGGCGGAGGAGGCGGCGGAGGAGGAGUGGGGUUUGGCGGGAUAGUGAGCGACUACAUUCGGAGGCACCACAGGCACGACCUUAACGACCAUCAGUGUACAUCUACUCUCGUCCGGUACAUCAAAGCCCCUGUCCAUCUUGUUUGGUCGUUGGUAAGACGAUUUGAUCAGCCACAAAAGUAUAAACCAUUUGUCAGCAGGUGUGUGGUGCAGGGGAACCUUGAGAUUGGAAGUCUCAGAGAAGUUGAUGUUAAGUCUGGGCUUCCUGCCACUACAAGUACUGAAAGAUUGGAACUUCUUGACGACGAGGAGCAUAUUCUUAGCAUUAAAAUAAUUGGUGGGGAUCACAGACUUAGGAACUACUCUUCAAUCAUCUCCCUCCAUCCAGAGAUCAUUGAUGGAAGACCGGGGACUCUGGUGAUUGAGUCAUUUGUAGUUGACAUUCCUGAAGGGAACACCAAGGAUGAGACCUGCUACUUUGUCGAAGCCUUGAUCCAGUGCAAUCUCAAAUCACUUUCAGACGUCUCAGAGCGACUUGCGGUACAGGACCGAACUGAGCCAAUUGAUCGGCUCUGAAAAUUGGAACCGAUAACACGUGUUGGAGGCGAGAGAGACUGCCAGGGAUGAAGCUUCCGAGGCUUUCGUAACUUGGAGGUUUGGGAGACGGACAGGCAGUUGUACACUUCGAUUUCACACACACGAAACGCCCUCGUAUUUUUGCUUGCGUCGGUACAAAAUUAAAUUGUUAAACUUCCUGUGUGUAGGAUCGUAAGAACCACAGCUGAUAAAGGUUUCUGUAACCCUUUCGCAAAUGAAAAGUACAGGAAGAAAAAAGGGACGGGGUUCUGUUUUGGUGAUAUGAUUUUGGUCGUGUACAUAUAUGCCGAGAGACGGCGUCUGUACACUGCUUUUGGAUGCUUUCAGCUUCUGCUUCUUGCUUUUCUUAA